AACAGAGCUCUCAACGACAACAGGGCCAGCAGUUCUCCAGCGGUUCCAGCUCAAGUUCUCUUGAUUCAUGCACAAACUGGGAAACUACAACUUAAAUAAUGGAGACACUGCAGAACCUGCAGGACACCAGCUAGAACCUGUCCAGGUGGGUGUUCUCUCUCAACACGUCACAAGAUAAAGGGAGGAGAAAAGAAUUCCUCUGCAGUAUUAAACAUAGCAGCCUGACAGCCAGAUAUCUCAGAAAGCAAAAGCCCUCUGAAGGACUUGAGGGCUUUUGGAUUGAUCAGCGUCACGCCUGAGCGUUCCUCUUGACAAGUUCAGCCCCAGUCACCUGAGUGAGGAUGGAGCCCUUCACCUACAGAAACAGCAGAGCCUUCCUAGCCCUGGUCCUCUGUCUGACAGUGAGACAUGCAGGGGCUGAAAAGCUCUUUCACAGCCGCGAUCACUCCGACAUCCAGGACCUGCCCUCAAGGCAAGCACAGCUUAUUCAGUCACCUGAGGCUGCGCAGGAAUUCCUAACAAAAUAUGGUUAUGUCGACCCUGUCGGUUGGGAGAAUUUUGAUUCCGAGAAUGUCCUCAUGCCUAUAGAUGAGAAUCAGGCUCCCAAAGAGGUGAUUUCUGAGGGAGAACCACCAUCUAGGUUUGGAGAAGAUAUAGAACAGAAACCGACCGAAAGCCCAGCCUACAUUGAAUCCCUGAAGAGCUUCCAGAGGGACAACGGGAUUCCGGUCACCGGCGUCCUGGACGAGCAAACCAAAGAGGUCAUGAACAGACCCCGCUGUGGUGUCCCAGACCACAAAGCAAGCUCCAAUGAAACAGCUUCAAAUGAGACUUCCACCGUCUCCCAGACCAACUCGACCGGGGAGCUCCCUUCCAACGACACAGAGACAGCACCCAUACGGGAGAAGAGGUUCCUGUCCCAGCUGGUGGAGCAUGUCAGGAGGAAACGGGCAGACGUGUACAACCUGGCUGGGGAUAGCAGAACCAGCCAGGCUUUCAGCAAGUCCACGCUGAAGUGGCGCUUGAUGGAGGAGGGCUAUAGCAUGCACCUGUCCAUUGAACAGCAGAAGAGUGUGCUAAGGCUGGCUUUCCGCAUGUGGAGCGAGGUCAUCCCUGUGCAGUUUGUAGAGGAUCUGACCUCUUCCUCUUCCGAGAUCGACAUCAAGCUUGGCUUCGGCACAGCACGACACCUGGGAUGCUCCCAAGUCUUCGAUGGAGUCGGGCAGGAGUUUGCUCAUGCCUGGUACCUUGGUGACAUUCACUUUGACGAUGACGAACAUUUUGUCGGAACAAACAGUGACCAGGGCAUCAGUCUGCUAAAGGUGGCGGUACAUGAAAUCGGACACGCGCUGGGUUUGCCACACAAGUACCGCACUGGAUCGGUAAUGCAGCCUAAUUAUAUUCCACAAGACAAUAACGUGGAAAUAGACUGGUUAGACAGAAAGGAGAUGCAGGCCCUGUAUGGUAUUUGCCAAGGUCCCUUUAACGCAGUCUUCGACUGGGUUCGAAGAGAGAAGAGUGCGACUGGAGAUUGGAUCUACCGGUUUAACACCUACUUCUUCAGGUCCAGCUGGUACUGGAUGUAUGAAAACAGAAGUAACAGGACACGCUAUGGAGACCCAUUCCCUGUCAACAUUGGCUGGAGGGGUAUCCCCAGCUCUGACAUUGAUGCUUUUAUUCAUGUCUGGACCUGGAACAUAAAUGCCCAGUACUUUUUCAAAGGUACUCAGUAUUGGCGCUAUGACCCUGACAAUGACAUGAUCUUCACUGAAGAUCCUGAAGGAGUCAGAUAUCCCAAGCUGAUUUCUGAGGGCUUCCCAGGAGCUCCCAGCCCAAUAGACACUGCGUUCUUCGAUAAAAGGGAUCGCAACAUUUACUUCUUCAGGGGAUCCCAAGUGACAGCAUUCAGUGUUGACCUGAAACAGAAGGUCAGUGGAUACCCCAAGCAGAUUGUUGAUGUGUUCCCUGCCACGACUCCUGGAGAUCAUCCAAUUGGGAAUAUAGACUCUGUCUAUUACUCUUAUACAACCAAUUCCAUCUAUUUUAUCAAGGACACGUUGUACUGGAAGGUAGUAACUGACAAUGAUAGGAUACGCAAUCCCUCCUAUCCCUACAAUGGACUUCUCCAACAAAAUAAAGUCUCAAACAGCUGGUUUGACAUCUGCGACGUGCAUAAUUCAGUCCUAUUAAUGGGUAGCAAGUAAAAGGACUGAGUGCUUAAUAUGCCUUUGUUUUUAUGCAUAUGUUUUACGGUACAAUGUCAAUAUGUUGUGUUUUUUUUGCCUGGGUGUAUAUAUACAUAUAUAUAUAUAUAUAUAUAUAUAUAUAU